CUACAGGCCACCUGAUCCAUGUAUUCAGAGGUGCAAAUCCUGAGAUCACAGAACCAACAGCGGUCUCUGCCCCGGCUCCCUCUGCUCCUGGAGAAGCUGAAGAGGAGCAAAUUGAGCAAUAUGACCGCAAGGCUCCAGCUGUGGUCACACCACAGCCUGAACAUUGUGAGCCAGUCCUUCCAGAGAAAGAGCAGGAGCAGCCUGCUUUAUCAGAGAUGCCAUGGCAGAAUCAGGGAGAGCUGUUCCCAGCCCGAGAGCAGGAAGAGCAGCUCAGGCAGCAGGUGGAAGAGCCACAGGAGAACGACCAGGACAUCAAGGCAGAGCCACAAGCAGAGCUGCCCAAAGCUCAGAGUGACACUAUGGCAGUGAAGAGGAAGAACAAGGAAGACUUGAGAACCAUCCAAGAGAAGAAGAAUCUCCAUCAGCAGAGGGGUGAUCAACAAAACCAGGUGGAAGUGUUGUCGUCCUACCUGGCAGCCUGCAAAGACUUCCAGGAAAUGACGGGUGAUCAAGAACCCCGAGGCUGGCGUGAGGCACAGGAGCUGUACCAACCUGAGAUGCUGCAAGAUAAGCACAUCCUGAGGAUGCUACAGGAAAACAGAAUUCCAUGGAAGGAGGUAGAACACUAGAAGGAGGAGCUGCAAUGUGUCUGCAGGCCUAAAAGGGGGGAAGGAGUCCUUGGGAGGAAGUGGAGAGGUCAUUGCUGCAGUCAUCCUUCAGAACAUGAAACCAGCUAUGAACUCAAGUAAAACCAGCUUUUGGUUUUACAAGUGGACAUCCAAACCAGUCCUGUUGAAGAGCUCUGCAUGUGGCUGACAGCAGCUUCCAAAGGGCUUGCAUUUGAAAUGGGAUCUUGGGGCAAUUUCUGCCAGCCACCUUCGUGACACAAACUCUGUCACUGAACCUGCUGCAGCAGCAACAGCGCCAUCCCAAGGAGCCUUUGCUUCCCAGCCGGAGAAAUGGAGUCGGGGCACUUGGUUCAUGUCCCGCGCUGACCCAGCUGCUGCUCAGCAACAGGAGAUCGAUGGUGACUCCCAGGAGCAACAGAGACUUUUGGAGAUGUUUGUAGAGCACUCAACACUGCCACAGGAGGAGAGCUGCCUUGUGGACGAGCAGCUCUGGCUGGUUAUGGAGUACAUGGACGGAGGCACUCUGAGCGAUGUCAUCAGCAAGACCUACCUGUGUGAAGACGAAAUGGCAGCCAUCAGUCAGGAGUGCCUGCAAGGACUGGAUUUUCUUCACUCAAACCACAUGAUCCAUCAAGAUGUGAAGAGCAGCAACAUCCUUCUCAGAACCGACGGUUCUGUAAAGCUGGCUGACUCUGGCCUCUCUGCUCAGCUCACCCCUGAGCAGAGUAGACGGAGCUCAGUGGCCAGCACUUCUGGGUGGAUGGCACCUGAAGUGGUGACAGGUCAAGCAUAUGGCCCCAAAGCGGACGUAUGGUCUUUUGGAAUCGUGGGCAUCGAAAUGGUGGAACAAGAAGUUCCUUAUUGGAAUGAAACUCCUGUUUCGCCUCAGCUCCUGAUAGCCAGAAGAGGGAAACCAAAACUGCAGCAGCCCAACCAAUUUUCACCUUCCCUGCAUGACUUCCUGAGCUGCUGCCUGCAAACAGACGAGGCACGGCACUGGUCUUCCAAGGAUCUCCUGCAGAUGGUAAAAAAAUGCCAAGGGGCUGAGGUGAAAGAGUGUCCGAGGGAUGGGCUCCUCCUCCACUGAGGCCCAAGGCAUCAGAUGAGCCCCCUUCCUCCUCACCUCCACUCUUGGUGCUCUUCAAAUUAAAAUGCUGAGGAGUGCUAGACUGGGCUGGGCUUGCAGGGCUCUGUAAAGUCCUCUGGUCCAAGUGUCCUGCAAUGAGCAGGGACAUCUUUAAAGAGAUCAGGUUGCUCAGACCCCUGUCCCACCUGACCUGGAAUAUUUGCCCCAUCCCUACCCAGAUAUGGGGCACCUACCAGCUCUAAGGACAAUCUGUGCCAGUGUGGCACCGUGUUCCAAGGAAAGAAUUCUUCCUUAGAUCUAAUCUGACUCAAUCCCCAUUAUAUAUUAUAAAUACUAUCCCAUGUCCUAUUGCAAUUGAACCUGUUAAAAAAAGGUAUCCCCUACUUGCUGAGAAUCCCCUUGAAGUACUGGAACUCAGCAAUGAAGUGUCCCUGGGGUCUAUUUUCCUCCAGGCUGAAUAACUCCAGGUCUCUCAGCCUGUCCUCAGAGGAGAGGCACUCUGUCCUCUGUUUCUGUCACCCUGUUUUGUAAUUUGAUGGUGUGUUCUGUUUUACCUAACAGCAAAAGAACUGAAGUAGAGCAAUGCAGGGUACAGAGCCAUGAAAUGGUGGCGGAGGAACCCAAGGCUGCCAGUCCUGGCAGAGCAGUCUGGAGAGAUUUGGCUGUGGGCAGGAGGGGCUGUGAGGGGCUCACUGUGAGCCUCUGAGGGACCCUGGUUUGUGCCCCCCACCCCACCCUUUAGAGGUUUCUGGCACACAAACAGGGACAGCUGAGAGGGACUUGUCGCAGCCCCAUCUGCUGCCUGGCACGCUCAGGCAGAGGGGAACUGGCCCAGGCUGUCUGCCAGGUUGUGUGGCAGAGAGGGAACUGCAGGACCCAGCGCCACUCGGCUGGCCCUGCUGGGAAGGAAGGUGCCAUCCAGCACAGGAGGGGCAGGGCAUGGAAAGGCAGACACUGCUUUGUGUGCCUGUGGAAGUUAGCAUGGUGCCUGUCUUUCCAAGACAGGGACAUAUGGGAGUCACUGGAGCUUCCUGAAGGAAGAAACCCCAGGGACAGAAAGCACCAUUUCUAGGGCACUGGCAGGGCAAAAAUCCCAGCAAGAUGGAGAAACCAGAAUAAAAGGAUGAGUGGGAUUCUGGGCCAGGUUUGCCUUGACGGAAACAUCCUGCACAUAAAAAUGGAGGUGCAGAUGGUCCCACUGGUCCUCUUUCUGCAUUUUUCUAGGAGCCAGAAGAAUCCUGUGAAAUACUGAGCUUGGAAAGUCAUGGUUCAUUGUUUUUUGUUGAUUUUUUUUCUCUUUUGGGCAGCAUCCAUUUAUAACAUUUGCUGAGCCUGCGUCCAGCCUGGUGCCACUGAUUGUUUCAGUGAAGAAGAGGAAGGAGACUAGAAUGUGAUAAUCACAUCAGGACCAUUACAAUUUACUUAGAGUAGGAUUGUAGGUUAGGGUUAGUGUUAGGGUAGGAUUGUCUAAUAGGACUUGGAUGAGUAGGAUUGGAAAUUAAUAAAGUUUCUGAAACCACAACUCAACUUGAAGAUUCCCUUCUUUCUCACUCUGAAUAAGCUUACUGUUUCCUUCUGAACUUUCUGUUGUUUCCUAAAGGUGGAAAGUGAUACUUAAUGAAAGUGGGAAAGGCUCUUCUUCAUUCAUCUUCUUCAGAUCACACUGCCUUUGGAGUAUGGCCUACUGGCCAGCUUUUGGCCAGCUGUAGUAUUUCUAGUUGACGCAGAAAGGGCAAUGGCAUUUGCAGGAAAAACCAAAGGGGGAAGGGUGCAGCCAAAACAUCCUGUGCAGAGGCAGGCUUUCAGCUGUGACUCCAGAGCGUUUGGGUGCCUGCCACUUGGAUUUGUAUCCCAAAGUGCAGUGUCUUUGGCUGGAGGAGAGCCUUGCUCAGCGGGGAAAGCAGAAAGAUCAGAGAGGUGCUCUGAAAGGUCUCCUGCGGUGCAGAGCAGUCAGCGCCUGUGAGGUGAGAGCGGGCCCGGCCUUGCCUGGCGUGGAGCCGCAGCAGAGCCCUGGCAGAGCCCAGAGCAGCCUGAGCCUGGGCAGGGGCAGGCUGCAAGGAGGCCCUUGUAGCUGCAGGAGGCACAGCCCGGCCCUGCCUGCCUCUUUGUUGUGGUUUGACACG